AUGUCCGCAUUCGACGACAACCCAUCAAAUUUCAUCGUAUAUGAAGACACCGCUGACAUGUUUCCAUGCUUGGGUUCAAACAACGCAAAUGGUCCAUUUGGAACACCAGUCGAGUUCAACGUGCUGCAGGGUGUGGACUUUGAAAGUGAAGACUGUGUAACUAUAAACACUAUGAGUAUAACUUUUAUGAAGGAAUACAGAAACAAAUCGUUCGAGGAAUUGCGUCUGGAAGAUUAUCUUUCCGACAGAAAGGGUAUACAGCGGUUUAAAGAAGAAGGAUGUUUGAAGUGCUUCUCGGAUACCCCACGGUCAAUAACUUCAUCUUGCAGUUUAACAUGUCUAGAUGAGCAAGUGGAGAGUAAUACACAAUCAUCUGCAAAAGAUUACUCAGAUGCAGCUGAGGAUUCUGAAGUCAAAACAGUAAAGGAUAAAUCAUUUCUCACUUCCUCUGAAUCAUUUAUCACAAUAGAAGGCAGUGUCCACAGCGUUCAUUCUCAAUGCAACGAAGAACCUGCAAGGAGCUUCACCAGUGAUUCCAAUGACGACAGUAAAAGCAAAAGUAUAUUCAGUUACAGAAUAAGAACAUUUUUCGAAAAAUGUCCUGAUGGAUACGCGCCUCUUCCAUGUGAUUUUUUUGUAGAGAAUCCGAACAACAUUCAUUUUAUGCCAUGCUAUGAUGUCAAGUUGGCAUAUGGUCAAGUAGAUACUAGAAGCAGGAUAGAUUGGCUCUACGACGAGUGCUUUAGUGAGCAGCCAUCAAGAGUUUUUGGUAGGAUUGAACCAAUUUUCAUAGAAGGCGGUCUGCAUAGACAAUUGUUCGAUGUAUAUAGGUCAAAAAUUGCAGAAGAGAAGCUACAUAAACGUUUGCUUGAGAAAUAUGAGUUAACUACUCUUCGGAAGGAAUACUUUGAAAAAUUGUUGUGUCCUUAUGAUCCCUUGGCAAGAAAUGUGAAUAUAUCCGGAUGCUAUAAGAAGCGUUCUAAAGGCCAUAGGACUUGGACGGCCAAGACACAUAUUUUGGGCAGACACUACGCAGAAUAA